AUGGCCGUGCUGCCACUUACCGUCCGUCCCCUCCAACCUCCUCCGGGCUCAAGCAUUGACUUUGGUGCUGAGAUUCAAGGUGUUGACUUGGAAAACUUAACUGAGGAGCAGUUUGGGACGAUUCGGAAGGCCCUCUACGAGCACCACGUCGUGGUGUUCAAACACCAGAAAGGGCUAUCACCUAAAGCCCAGUAUGAGCUGACCAAGCGCUUCGACCCAGUAUCCGACAACUAUGGACAUGGCAAGACCAUUGAUGCAAAGCGAAGCAUCCUCCACCCUGAUCUGAAGACUGUGCCUCACCAGCCACAAGUGCAGGUGAUUGGAAACGGGCACAUUGAUUCAUACGAGGGUCUUAAAGAUAUCACCCUACGCCACCCUCACCACCGGACAUUCCAUCAAGAUCACCUCCCAGAGGAGAAGGAUUAUGAGUUCACUAGGUUUUAUCGUUGGCAUAUCGAUGCUGCGCUUUAUGACCUAUACCCGCCCCAGGUGACCACGCUUAUGGCUGUGAGUGUGCCUAAAGGCCGUCGACAGACAUUAUUAUAUGAUGAUGGAACCGGAGAAACAAUGGAUGUACCGCUUGGAACAACGGCUUUUGUCAGUGGCGAGCGGAUGUUUGAGCUUCUUUCGUCCGAGGAUAAAGAAUUUGUGAAGACGAGCAAAAUCGAAUAUGCCCCCCCAUCCUUGCCCGACUCAGAACUGCCACCUAUCGAUCCUGGUAAGAUCAUGGUCUUCCCGAUGACCUGGAAAAACCCAGUGACGGGCAAAUUGGCUCUGCAGAUCCAUCCCUCAGCCGUGCGCCGUAUCCACUGUGCCGAUAGAACCACGAUCGACGACUUGGCCCGUGUGCGGGAUAUUGUCUAUAAGUUGCAGCGGCCGGCCAUCAGCCCUCAGUAUGUGUAUCCGCAUGACUGGGAGGAUAACGACUUGGUGUUAUUCAACAACCGCGGUGUGCUGCAUUCUGUGGUUGGUGCUUUCAAACCCGACGAGGUGCGAUUGUUCCGUCAAUGUAACUUGGCGGCUUCGGAGCCCCCGGUUGGAGCGUGA